GAACUGAUGCACGUCGAGGAGGCAUCACCGGCACAGCCCGUCUUUGUAAAUAGCAGUGAAUCCGCUAUAGCUCUCCUGCACAAGAUUGAGAACGCGGCGAAAGAAUCUACGUACGUGGAGCCGUCUAUGCACGGGGAUGGUGAAACCCACUUCAAGGACGUUACCAUGGAGGCUUCACCGCAGCAGUCCGCUUCAAAGACGCAUGCCAACCAAUCUACUACACCGGCACAACCCGUGGCAUCGCCGUCCAGCUUCUUCAGUAGAUCUUUCUCUGCAAUCAAGUCGAAGCUCGGGUUUUCAGUUCCAAUUCCGCAAGCACCUUCAGUCACGCCUCCAAAGCCGCUCCCACCUCCCAAUACACUCACCGAAGCACUUUCGGUCCCACCUACACCUGUCGGCGAACGCGUCCAUACACCAACAAAGAAGAAAAAGACGAACCCGGUGCUCAGAGCACUCUUAAGGGGGGUCGAAGACAAGGACAGGCCUAAAGCAGAAGAGUGGGCAAGAGAAGUCAUCCCGCAGCUCAAGAAUCAUCGCUCUUUCCGCGAAAAGCGCAAAUACCUUGAGACACCCAUUCUCUGCAAGGACCUCAAUCACUUCCCCUCUUCCAAGCCCUGGGAAACUGGCUUCGGUGAUCCGCUCGCCGAUCUGGAUGAUGAGGACGUCGUUCCAGGCUGGGCUGUCUACCUUGACAUGAUGGCGGAGGAAGAAGAGCACAGGGCUAAGAAACACAAGACCAUCCAUGAAGUCACUAUGGACGAUGAUGACAUCCUGUCCAUCAACGAGCAGUAUGCCGCCAGCGACAGCGCGCAUUCAUCGCCAAAGCUGCAUGACAGCCAUGGGCAGACUGCCUCUCUUCAAGACUUCCACCCCCGUCGUUCAAUCAACCCCUCUCCCAUGUUCGACACUCCGGUCUCUCAUCAACGAGGCGGAAAUGUCUUCAGUGAACUUCAGGGGCAUGACACCGCGGCACAGAUACGGGCCAAUGAUCGCGAAUCUCUACAACAGGCGACUAAACAAACUGUUCACACCCAUAAUCCGGACAUGGGCUCCUUCAGCGUUCCCGACGAUUCCGACGAUGAAGACUCCACUAUGAUCAGCGAGACUUCCGAUGGAGAUGCAGCCCCGCUUUGGACGCAGCCACCGCCCCCUGCUCCUGUCCCCGCGCACGCUCCGCUGCCAGGAGGACCCACAAGCGAUACAUCUUCCGUCCCUACGGUCCAGCAGCCAGUAGAUGAGAUCGAGCGCCAACGCCAGAGGUUAAUGAAGCAUACACCCGCUAAGCCUAGUCGUCUCCGAGAGGCCACCUAUCCCUCACCAAGCCUCUUUUCAGACGCAGGCAACGAGUCGAUUCUAGCGGCCACACCUGCCCCCUUAGCGGCGUCUACGUCGUCUAUGGCAUCCAUCUUCGACGACAUACCUGGCGCUGAACCACUCGACAUCGACGAUGAAGACCUAGCCGCUGCCAACGCUUUCAUAGCGUCCGACGAGUGGAAGCAGCAGCUAGCUACUAAUCCAUGGCCGGCUGCUAUCCUCACCUAUGAGUCGGAUGAGGAGGGCCUUAGCCCCGAGUAGGGUGGAUUUGCAUUUUCUGGUUCAAAAAGCAUUGUAUAGGAGACUGGAUCGUUUAAUUUUGUUUCUUUUUGGCGUUCACGGUUGGCAAGCAUUUACGAUUGACGACGGCGCCUUGCUAGCUGUAUACCCCCCGACGACAGUCUUUGUAUAGUAGAACGGGACUGGGUAACAACCCCUGUUCUUUACCAUUCCGUAACAUAAUCACGGUAACAUAAUCACGAUUACUGAG